AUGAGGGGGGCCUCCCGCCUCCAGCUUUUGCCGCUGCUGUUGCUGCUGGGUGGGUGUGGGGCAGGGGCUGGGGGCUGUUCCCAGUCCUGUGGGCAGCCCCAGGUGUCCAGUCGGAUCGUGGGGGGCCGGGACGCUCGGGACGGACAGUGGCCGUGGCAGGCGAGCAUCCAGUACCGCGGGGCGCACGUGUGCGGGGGCUCGCUCAUCGCCCCACAGUGGGUGCUGACGGCGGCGCACUGCUUCCCGAGGCGGGUGCUGCCGUCGGAGCACCGCGUGCGCCUCGGGGCGCUGCGCCUGGGUCCCGCCUCGCCCCGCGCGCUCUCGGCGCCCGUGCGCAGGGUGCUGUUCCCCCCGGACUACUCGGAGGGUGGCGGCCGCGGCGACCUGGCGCUGCUGCAGCUGAGCCGCCCGGUGCCCCUGAGCGCCCGCAUCCGGCCCGUCUGUCUGCCCGAGCCCGGGGCCCGCCCACCGCUCCGAGCGCCCUGCUGGGUCACCGGCUGGGGCAGCCUCCAGCCCGGAGUGCCGCUCCCAGCGUGGCGACCUCUGCAGGGAGUAAGGGUGCCGCUGCUGGACGCGCGCACCUGUGACCGCCUCUAUCACGUGGGCACCAGCGUGCCCAGAGCGGAGCACAUAGUGCUGCCCGGGAACCUGUGUGCCGGCUACGUCGAGGGCCACAAAGAUGCCUGCCAGGGUGACUCUGGGGGACCCCUGACCUGUGUGACGUCUGGGCGCUGGGUCCUGGUGGGUGUGGUGAGCUGGGGCAAGGGCUGUGCCCUGCCCAACCGUCCAGGUGUCUACACCAACGUGGCCACUUACAGCCCCUGGAUUCGGGCUCGCCUCAGCCUCUAA